AUGGCGACUUGCUGUCAGCGACGUGAUCGUUUGGUUUAUGUGGUUGAUUUGGGAGCCGUGUGGCCGACUUUGGCAGCUACAGCAUCCUACUGGAACGUGACUCGUGUUUGGAUCGGUGAUUCGGUUCGACGAAUGCUCUUCUGUGGCAACGGUACCUGUAAUUGGGAAGACCAGUCUUCAACACUGAAUAGCACUUGUCCGGAAGACAUUCAAAGAGACGGUAUGCACCAGGAAUGGCAUCCGAAAAUUGUCGUCGAACAUGAAAGCUAUGCAAGGCAAACCGUUGCAAUGAUAAUUCCGUACCGAGAUAGGGAGAGUCACCUGAAGAUCUUCCUUGACCAUAUCAGACCUUUCCUUAGAAAGCAGAAUAUUUCGUAUCAGAUAUUUGUCGUCGAACAGGUGCGCAACCAAACGUUCAACAAAGGUUUGCUUACUAACGUCGGGUUCGUUUUUGCUGAUCGCAUUGGCAGCUUCUCUUGCUUCAUCUUCCAUGACGUCGACCUCCUUCCCGAAAACGACCGGAACCUUUACCAAUGUGAUGAUCAGCCACGACAUUUUGCAGUGGCUAUUGAUAAAAAUGGAUACAAGUAA